GUGGCUUUUGUUUUUUAAAAAAAAAUCUAUCCCCAAAAAUAUGAUUGACGAUUCAACAUUUUUCGAAUUUGGACAAGAAAUGAUUGUCAUACGUGAAAUAUUUGAUGGUGCACAUGAAUUAUUUGAAAAUGAAUUGGAACGUGCAUUCGAAUUUGGUUGUCCAACUAUUGUGAUCGAACCAUGUCGUUUAGGUGAAGAAACAGCACGUUGGAUUUGGUUUGGUGAAUAUCUAACAAGAUAUUCAAUAAUAACCGGUAUUGGUUCAAUUAUUACCGGAUUAUUAUGGCCGAAUAGGAUUUUUAUUCAAUCAACAUUAAUUGGUACUGCAUUGUUAGCACAUGGUAUUCAUUUAGUUUCAUGGCAACAGGAUAUUUGUUCACAAUAUCGUGUUGAAUCUAAUCCUGAACAAUAUCUUAAAUUAUUGGCUUCACAACAAUCGCAAGAACAGACAAAAUUUCCCGAAAUAGAUGCUGUAUCAUUGGUUACAUCAACACAGGAAUUUUCGCCUGGUAAUGAUUCUGAUAGUGGAUCAUCGGAUGACAAAAAGAAACAACAACAGCAACAACAAUCACCACAAUCAUCCGAUCCGUCAUCAUCAUCAUCAGUGAAACAAAAUCGUUAUCGUCCAACAAAUCCAUAUGAAAUGAUUUUAUCAACAUCAGCACGAAGACAACGAUCACCAGUUGUAUUAUGUCGUCGAACUAAUAUCGAUUUACGACGUUCAAAUUGGAUCAAUGCAGCCGUAUCUCUGUUGGCUAUUGCAUUUUCAUUUAUUCGUUUAGUUAGAUCAUCGAUUUUUCAUCAUCAUCAUCAUAAUAAUAUAGUUAACCAUUCAACAAAAUCAUUAUUGAUGAAUCAAAAUUUUCAUCAUCAAUCGUGGUCAUCAUUUUUGAAAACUUUGAUCUAAUCUAAAUUGAAAGUUGUAAAAAUGUCAAGCAUGGCCGCGACAAAAAAAUAAACAAAUUACGAAAGAAAAGGGAGAGAAGAUUUUUAGAAAUGUGAAAAAAAAAGUUGAAAACUUUUCAAAUCA